CUGGUUUCCCCCCCUCCUGAAUGGCCCUCUUUCAUCAGGAGAUGUUAGGACAAGUGCUUUUUCAAGCCAGGAUAUCAGUGGAAGACACAGUGUUCUGUAAAAGUCAUCCAGUUCCUGGGUAGCAUCAACAGACGCGAUUGCUCUGCUCCGCACUGAAUAUACGGCCGACCUUUUCUUUCCCUUCUUUUCUUUGCUUUUUGGGCUUUAGAAGCAAAAGGAUGUGAGUUUUACAGCGAGUUAUGAAUCUUCUCAACUUUACUGACUUCUGUCUGACUCUUGGGCCAGCACAAUGCUUCUGCUGUUCAAAGAGAACCAGUCCGAAUUACCUGAGCGAGAGCUUUUUCAUGGUGAAAGGUGCAGCCCUCUUCUUGCAACAAGGAAACAGCUCCCAGGGCCAGCGAAGCCUCCAGCAUCCUCACAAACAUGCAGGUGAUUUGCCCCAGCACCUCCAGGUGAUGAUCAACCUCCUCCGCUGUGAGGACAGGAUCAAACUGGCUGUCCGGUUGGAGAGCGUGUGGACAGACCGCGUGCGGUACAUGGUGGUCGUGUACAGCAGCGGGCGGCAGGACACGGAAGAGAACAUCCUGCUGGGUGUGGAUUUCUCCAGCAAGGAGAGUAAGAGCUGCACCAUAGGAAUGGUUCUUCGGCUGUGGAGCGACACUAAAAUCCAUCUUGAUGGUGAUGGUGGCUUCAGCGUGAGCACUGCAGGGAGGAUGCACAUCUUCAAGCCUGUGUCGGUGCAAGCCAUGUGGUCCGCUCUACAGAUCCUCCACAAAGCCUGUGAGGUGGCAAGGAGAUACAACUACUUCCCAGGCGGGGUGGCCUUGGUGUGGGCCACCUACUACGAAAGCUGCAUCAGCUCGGACCAGAGCUGCAUCAACGAGUGGAAUGCGAUGCAGGACCUGGAAUCCACCCGCCCUGACUCACCAGCACUGUUUGUUGACAAGCCAACUGAAAGGGAACGAACAGAACGGCUCAUUAAAGCCAAACUCCGGAGCAUCAUGAUGAGCAAAGACCUGGAAAAUGUCACUUCCAAGGAGAUCCGAAAUGAGCUGGAGAAACACAUGAACUGCAACUUGAAGGAAUUCAAGGAAUUCAUAGACAAUGAAAUGCUGCUUAUCCUGGGUCAGAUGGACAAACCAUCUCUCAUUUUUGAUCAUUUAUACCUGGGCUCCGAGUGGAAUGCCUCCAACCUCGAGGAGCUGCAGGGCUCAGGCAUUGACUACAUCUUGAAUGUGACCAGGGAAAUUGAUAACUUCUUCCCUGGUUUGUUCGCCUAUCACAACAUCCGCGUGUACGACGAGGAGACCACCGACCUCCUGGCUCACUGGAACGAGGCCUACCACUUCAUAAACAAGGCCAAGAAGAACCAUUCCAAGUGCCUGGUGCACUGCAAGAUGGGUGUGAGCCGCUCGGCAUCCACCGUCAUCGCCUACGCGAUGAAGGAGUUUGGCUGGUCCCUGGAAAAGGCCUACAACUACGUGAAGCAGAAACGCAGCAUUGCGAGGCCGAACGCAGGCUUCAUGAGGCAGCUGCUGGAGUACGAAGGCAUUUUAGAUGCGAGCAAGCAGCGCCACAACAAGCUGUGGAAGCAGCAGGCAGAGAGCAACCUGCCCCCCAACACAGACGGCACCACGGGGUCGAGCGACUUCCUCCUCGAGAGCUUGGACAUCGACCUGGAGAACCGCCUGGCUGACCUGGACAUGCCUUCGCAGUCGGCGUACCUGGACAACCGCGCCGGCACCGACGUGCCCGUGGGCUUCAACUACUGCUUCCGCCGCCUCUCGGACACGCUGCUGGAGAACAAGAUUCCCGGUGACAGAGAGGGCUUUUUCCCCGUGGAGGAGCUGGAGCGGGAUGUGCUUGCGGAGCGCGCUGCCUCGCUGCUGUCCCAGCAGCCAUCUGCACCGUCAGAGGGGAGGAUGCUAGAGACAGCAAGAGCCCUGGAGACCGCGGAGCCGCUGGCAGAGAUGAGCAGCUUCUGUGAGAAGGAGGUGAAGAAGAAGCUGGAUUUCAGCCCCCGGAAGGCAAGGAUGGUGCUGGGCCCUGGGGACCACAGGGAGGACGUUGUCAGGGAGGAAAACCCAAUGGAGAAGUGGAAGCGGCGCUUGUCCAUGCACAAGGAGGAGAGCAGGCUUAACAGAGAGAACUUGAACAACAACAACAGCAAAAGGAGCUGCCCAGAGGAUUUUGAGCACGAUGCCGUGUUUGGGAUCCUCAGUAAGGUGAAGCCUUCCUACCAGUCCUGCACUGACUGCAUGUAUUCCUCAGCUGGGUUGUCUCCAGAUUCCUUUGGGGAGCAGUGUGAGAGGCUGAACUCCAGCACCAUGCGUCGCAGCACUGCCACCAUCUGCACGCAGCCAGCCUUCCUCUCCCACAUCAACUCCAACUUGGCAGAGCACCUGCCCAGCAAGGCACGCUUGGAGGAGGCAAUCAGAACUAGAACCAACGAGGCUCCGCUUCCUCUGUCGGCAGGAACUGGUGCUCUGGAGGCUGGGGCUGGCAAAUCACUUGAUCAGCACUGCAGUGUUUUGGAGAAGGGAAAGGAUGCACCAAAAACUCCGGUCAAAACUCUUCUGCCCAGGAGAAACUCACACUGUGACAAGAGCCUCCUUAACGUGGAAGUGGUAAAAGAGGAGUCUCUAGCCAGAAAAGACAGCAAACCUACCAAGGAUCUGAAGUACUUGUUCAGUAAAGACUUGGAAAAGCCAAGUGCAAACAGUUACUUGAUGCAGCAUCAGGAGUCUCUUAUCCAGCUGCAGAAGGCAGGUCUGGUUAGGAAGCACACCAAAGAGCUGGAGCGGCUGAAGAGCCUGCCCUCGGACGCCUCAUCCCUGCUCAGAGAGAGCCCCUUGAGCAGGGUGGACUCCGGCAUCAUGGAGGAGAGCGAGGAUCUGAUUUCACAUCCCACCCUCGUGCCUCUGCUGGGACCAGCGCCGCUGAUGCCCGAGGAUGCGGAGCACAACGCGGCGAAGGCGGAGGUGAAGCGCGGCUCGGAGGGCAUCUCCCAGAAGACCUCCACGCCUGUGGCCUGCCGCCUGGAGCACACGAGCAGCUUCACCAAGGACUUCCUCAAGACCAUCUGCUACACCCCGUCCUCCUCCCGCAGCUCCAACCUGACGCGCAGCUCCAGCAGCGACAGCAUCCACAGCGUGCGGGGCAAGCCCGGCCUCGUGAAGCAGCGGACUCAGGAGAUCGAGACCAGGCUGCGGCUGGCGGGCUUGACUGUGUCCUCCCCUCUGAAAAGGUCCAACUCCCUCGCCAAGCUGGGGUGUCUGAACUUGUCCUCUGAGGACUUAGCCAGUGACAUGGAGGUGUCCACCGUAACGGACUCCAAGGAGGCCGUUUCCAGCGAGUCUUCCGUGCUCUGUGAGCCACAAUCCACGCUCAGGGGUGCAGACGUCACCUCCAAGCUGGCAGCGAAGCCAGCGGUUGGGAACUUGAAGAACACGCUCUGGAUGGGCAAAAGUUGAUGCCUUCCGUGGGGGGCGCAGGGGGUUUUGAGGGCUUCAUGGCGUUUAUUCAUUGCACAGAUGCAGUUUGACAUCUGAGCUGCAGUGCUUCGUCUGAUGCCACGUCUUC